UGUGAGUCAAUCUGCUCUGUGAGCAUCCUCUCUGCUUCUCCAAAGAGCCCCAAGACACUGACUUUCAAAAGGAUGAAGACUACAACUUUCUCCUUUCUCAUCUUCAUCUCCCUUGUUCAGCUGAUGGUACCAGUGAGUGCUGAGUGGUCCUUUCACUCUUUGGUGGAGAAGCUCAAGGAAAGUUUCCUUAAUCUAGAGUAUCCACCCUUCAAUUUGGCUAUGAACAUCUCCUGCACUAGUAUCAAAGCUACAGGCAGACUGGCUUCCUGUCCAGCUGGGAUGGCUGUCACUGGUUGUGCUUGUGGCUAUACCUGUGGAGCUUGGGAUAUCCAGAAUGGAAAUACUUGCCACUGCCAGUGUCCAACUACAGACUGGACCACCGCCAGCUGCUGCCAGCUGGCCUAGGAAUGAGGAGGCUGAGAACCCAGCUUUGAAAUGAUGACAAUAAUGAAGCCAUGAUCUCAUUAAGGAAAUCUG